UUAUCAAUGACCGCAAAGAAAUGAGUUCGAGCCUUCAAGGUGGGGUCCCAGUCACUCAGCGGAAAGAAAGAAAUGGAGAAUGGCUGCGGUGGCGGCAUCGAGACCCAGUGGUGGUGGUGGUGGGCAAUGGCAAGCAUGGCCAAGUUUGGGUGGGGCAUUUCAGCAUAUAAAAGAGGCUUCGCUGGCGACUCUCGUCUCAUGCCCUUAAAAGCGUUCGCCGUUGCCUCCCUCUUUGUGGGUUCCGCCGCUUCUGCUUCCAUUGCUUCCCUUCAAGCGUCUGGCAUCCACAAGGUACAAGAUCUUAUAGAAUUGGGAGCAAAUAUAAGGACUGGGCUUGGGGUUCCUCCAAGAGUAACAAAAGAAAAAGCUGAUGAUCGAUGAAAAGGGGCAUCAAGAAUUUUGCAGAUGUGUGCAGUUUCGUGUCCUAUGUUUUGUAAUGCUAGAAUGCAAGCUGUAGAUGUCAACAAUAUGAUGUACUUCACAAUACUUCUUUUGUAAUAAGAUUUUUUCUUUUGAUUA